AUGGAGAAGGCUUCAUGCUCGUUUUGUGGAAGAAUUCCUUCAACUACAACAACAAAAGCUUUUGCUCUGAGUGUUCAAAAGAGUAGCUGUUUGAGUUCUCUGCCAUUCUCCUUUUCUCCUCCUUUGAAAUCAAUUUGUUUAUUUGUAGGCCAUAAAUAUAAUUUACCCUCAACAAAAUUUCAUCCCAAGCAGUUUGUUUCCAAUGGUAGUGGAGAAAGCAGUGGCAGCCAAAGUAGCAGCAAGUUCAUUACUACUACAAAGAAGAAGCCUAGAAGCAACCCAAAAUUUAGCAAAAGUGAGAUUAAGUCUACCCCUAAGCCCAGUGAUAAUCUCAGUAGGACAAAGAUACUAGUGGAAGAACUGGGGUUGUUGAAGAAACAGAAGGAACAGAAGGUUCAGAAGACUAAGUCUUUAAAUGUUAGAACUUUGUAUCAAAAUGGGGAUCCUUUGGGAAGAAGGGAUCUUGGGAAGAAGGUGGUUAGGUGGAUUAGUGAAGGGAUGAAGGCAAUGGCUUUGGAUUUUGUGUCAGCAGAGUUGCAAGGGGAGUUUUUGGAGUUGAGACAAAGGAUGGGACCUGGAUUGACUUUUGUGAUCCAGGCACAGCCUUAUCUCAGUGCUAUUCCCAUACCCCUUGGCCUUGAAGCAAUUAGUUUGAAGACUUGUGCACAUUAUCCAACUUUGUUUGAUCAUUUCCAGAGGGAAUUGAGGAAUCUUCUUCAAGACUUGCAGCAGAAGUCUGUGGUUGAUGAUUGGAAGGAGACUCAGUCUUGGAAGCUGCUUAAGGAGCUAGCGAAUUCCUCUCAGCAUAGGGCGAUUGCUCGAAAGAAUACAUUGCCCAAGACUGUUCAAGGUGUUUUAGGGAUGGACUUGGAGAAGGCUAAGGUCAUGCAAGGCAGGAUUGACGAGUUUACGAUUCGAAUGUCGGAGUUGCUUCAGAUAGAGAGGGAUGCGGAAUUGGAGUUCACGCAGGAGGAGUUGGAUGCUGUUCCUACACCUGAUGAGGGUUCAGAUUCAUCGAAACCUAUUGAGUUCUUAGUUAGACACGGCCAGGCUCAGCAAGAACUUUGUGACACCAUUUGCAGUUUGAAUGCUGUUAGCACAUCAACAGGACUAGGUGGAAUGCAUUUGGUGUUAUUUAGGGUUGAAGGGAAUCAUCGGCUGCCACCUACAACCCUGUCUCCCGGGGAUAUGGUUUGUGUGAGGAUUUCGGACAGCAGGGGAGCAGGUGCAACUUCUUGCAUCCAGGGAUUUGUUGACAACCUUGGAGACGAUGGCUGCAGCAUUAGUGUUGCUAUGGAUUCUCGUCAUGGUGAUCCAACUUUCUCUAAGCUAUUCGGAAAAAGUGUUCGCAUUGAUCGUAUUCAUGGUUUGGCUGAUACACUCACAUAUGAGCGCAACUGUGAAGCCUUAAUGCUGCUCCAGAAGAAUGGCUUGCAGAAGAAAAACCCUUCAAUUGCUGUUGUGGCCACACUGUUUGGAGACAAGGAAGACGUGGAAUGGUUGGAGGAAAAUGGUUUGGUCGAAUGGAACCAAGCAGAGUUGGAUGGAUUACAGCAUGGAACAUUUGACAACUCCCAGCGAAAAGCAAUUGCUUUAGGCUUAAACAAGAAGCGUCCUCUGAUGGUUGUUCAAGGACCUCCAGGCACUGGAAAGACAGGCAUGCUCAACGAAAUUAUAGCACUUGCUGCACAACAAGGUGAAAGGGUGCUAGUAACAGCGCCUACUAAUGCAGCUGUUGACAACAUGGUCGAGAAACUUUCCGAUACAGGAUUGAACAUAGUGCGUGUUGGAAACCCUGCACGUAUUUCUUCAGCUGUAGCAUCCAAGUCUUUGGUUGAGAUUGUCAAUUCUAAGCUUGCAGAUUACCAAGCAGAGUUUGAAAGGAAGAAGUCGGAUCUAAGAAAAGAUCUUCGACUUUGCCUGAAGGAUGAUUCUUUAGCUGCCGGAAUACGCCAGCUAUUAAAGCAGCUUGGUAAGGCACUGAAAAAGAAGGAAAAGGAAACAGUGAAGGAAGUUCUAUCAAGUGCACAGGUCGUGCUUUCUACCAACACGGGAGCGGCUGAUCCACUUAUCCGAAAAUUGGAUACUUUUGACAUGGUUGUUAUAGAUGAAGCUGGGCAGGCAAUCGAACCCUCUUGUUGGAUCCCGAUAUUGCAGGGAAAACGUUGUAUACUUGCUGGUGAUCAAUGCCAACUUGCUCCUGUAAUUUUGUCCCGCAAAGCUUUAGAAGGCGGCCUUGGAGUAUCCCUGCUAGAGAGAGCUGCAACUUUGCAUGAAGGGGUUCUUGCUACCAUGUUAAGAACUCAGUACCGAAUGAAUGAUGCAAUAGCUAGCUGGGCUUCGAAGGAGAUGUAUGAUGGAGAACUGAAAUCCUCUCCCUCUGUUGCAUCUCAUCUUCUUGUUGAUUCUCCAUUUGUCAAGCCCACAUGGAUAACACAAUGCCCAUUGCUGUUACUCGAUACAAGGAUGCCAUAUGGAAGUUUGUCGGUAGGCUGUGAGGAGCAUCUAGACCUGGCAGGCACAGGGUCUUUUUUCAACGAAGGGGAAGCAGAUAUCGUUGUCCAACAUGUCUUUUAUCUGAUCUUCGCCGGUGUUAGCCCGACAGCCAUUGCCGUCCAAUCACCUUAUGUUGCUCAGGUACAGCUCUUACGAGACAGGCUUGAUGAGUUGCCGGAGGCUGCUGGUGUCGAGGUCGCGACAAUUGAUAGCUUUCAGGGUCGAGAGGCUGAUGCAGUAAUCAUAUCAAUGGUAAGAUCAAACACUUUAGGAGCCGUAGGGUUCUUGGGGGAUAGUAGACGGAUGAACGUUGCCAUAACAAGAGCUCGUAAGCAUGUUACUGUCGUGUGUGACAGCUCGACAAUUUGCCACAACACUUUCUUGGCCAGGCUCUUACGCCAUAUCCGCUAUGUCGGUAGGGUGAAGCAUGCUGAACCCGGUGCUUCCGGAGGAUCGGGGCUCGGGAUGAAUCCGAUGUUGCCAUCCAUUAGUUGAACAUGACAUGAAAGUUGAACAUGUAAAAUAGAUGCCUUCGGAUACAUUUGGUUUGGGCAUCUAUUGGUCAUUUUUGUGAACAAAAUUGCUACCCUUCGAUUUAGUUGUAUAUAGAACUAUACACAUUUGACGAAACAUAAUUUGUAUACAUUCCAAACCUGCAAAUAAUAUCAAUGAAACCCCCAAAAAA